AUGUAUCACCAUUCGUCAAAAAUCAAUCAAAAACUAAUGAAAAUGUCUUCUUAUUCGAGUUCUUUGGUGUGCAUUCUUGUCUUGUUUGCCCUAGCAAUAAGCAAAAUUCAUGCACAAUUGCCGCCACCACCUAUCCCCCAUUUAGAUUUUCAUGUGCACAUCAUCAAAGGCUACGCGAACGGGUGGAUAUCGGGCAGAUGCUAUUCCCCGAGCCAUACGAUUUCCAUGAACUUUACGCUAAUCCAUUUAGAUAGUCAGUUCCAGUUACAUGCACGGGCUUAUUUCCUUUGCUUUAUGCGCAAGGAUCAGAAUGAGCGCAAAACUUUUAAAGUGUUCGAUCAAGCCGUGGAGGGUACGAACAGACUGUGCGGACGAACCGGUAAUUGCUUCUGGAAACUCAAAGAGGAUGGCAUCUAUUUUGCUACUGAUAAUGUUACUUAUACUCGAGAGUUUGGUUGGAAUCGUUAA